AUGAAGACAGCAGCUGUCGUUGUGUUCCUCGCUCUGGGGCUCGUCUCCAGCUUUCAGUAUGCUGUCGGCGAUGGUAAUCAGGGGUUCUGCAGUGAGUACAAGAGUCCUCCAACUUUCUGCACCUUGGACUACCACCCGGUCUGUGGCACUGAUGGCAAGACAUACGGCAACAAAUGUGCCUUUUGUGGCGCAGUCUUUGAAAACCUUGGAAGUCUUUGCUUUGCGCGACAUGGAGAAUGCUGA